CCGGAGGGGGCGGGGCGCAGCCGAGGGGGCUCGCUCACUGCAGCCCAGUGCCGGGCGCCAGUGCUGCUCCGUGGCUUCUCUCUCUCUCCCUCUCUUUCUCUCUCUUUUUCCUUUUGCAAUCCACAAAAGGGGGCCGGCCCUGCAGCUUUUGUUUGAGAGAGGGGAGGUUAGAAGCUGUUAGCUUUCGGAAACUGAGGGCCAGUACGCUGGGGGCCUGGGGUGGGCGGCCGGGGGACCGACGGGUCGGGGGGUGGGAGGGAGGGGGGAAUGCCUUAGGAGAGAGCUGAGGAAAGUUUGAGGGGAGAAGAGGCCGCUGAGGAGGAAGCCGUCCUGCCAGCGACCUUCUGGGACCCAGUGAGGCGGGGGGGAGCCGUGCCUCGCUGCACUCGGGCCCCGCGUCUCCAACAGCGCUCCUUGGCCAUGGCCGGCCCCCGGAGCCCCCGGCGCCCCCGGCCCGCGGCGCCUCGGCGGCCGCUGCGCCUCCUGUUCCUCCAGUGUGCGCUGCCGCUGGCGCUGGGCUUCCCUGGGGGCCCCGAGCUCCGACCAGAGACAUUUCCUUGGGGCCAACCCUCCCUGGACAUCGUGCACCCCAUCCGAGUGGAUGCUGGUGGCUCCUUUCUCUCUUACGACUUAUCUCCCCGCCUGCUUCGGAGAAGGGACCUCUCGUCCAGGGCUGGCCUCCCCACUUAUUACGAGCUGUUAUACCAGGGCCGAGAGCUGAGAUUUAACCUAAGUAUCAACCACCAUUUGCUGGCCCCAGGCUUUGUGAGCGAGACCCACUAUGGAGGCAUCACCCACGCCAAGAUACAUCCCAUCACAUAUUCCUACGCUUGUCACCUGGUCGGAGAGGUUCAGGACCCUGAACUGGCUGGCGGGUUUGCUGCCAUUAGCUCCUGCAGUGGUUUGAAAGGUGUGUUCCAGCUCUCCAAUGAAGACUAUUUUAUUGAACCACUGGAUGGCAUCAAGCCCAGGGCUGGGGUGGCCCAGCCUCAUGUGGUUUACAAGCGCCAGACACCAGAACACCAGGAAGAUUGGAGGACGGGGCCCAAAGCGCAUACAGGAAGUCCCCUCCACAGGGUCCUGGGCACAUGUGGCAUCAAAGAGUCUCCUGAGAAGUCUGAGAAGAGGCGGGAAAGGUGGGAGCAAAAGCAGCAGCAACAGCAGCAGAGACGACGUCUGCAGCAGCGCUCCAUCAGCAAGGAGAAGUGGGUGGAGACCCUGGUGGUGGCAGACACCAAGAUGGUGGAAUACCAUGGCUGGGACCAUGUGGAGAACUAUGUAUUGACAGUUAUGAACAUGGUGGCCGGGCUCUUCCAUGACCCCAGUAUCGGGAAUCCCAUCCACAUCUCCAUCGUACGCCUGAUCCUACUGGGAAAGGAGGAGGAGGACCUCAAGAUCACUCAUCAUGCAGACAACACUCUGAAAAGCUUCUGCAAAUGGCAAAAAAGCAUCAACAUGAAAGGUGACAGUCAUCCACUGCAUCAUGAUGUGGCAGUCCUGCUGACAAGGAGAGAUCUCUGUGCUGCCAUGAACCGGCCCUGUGAGACGUUGGGCUUAUCUCAUGUAUCAGGCAUGUGUCAGCCCCACAGGAGUUGUAACAUCAAUGAGGACACUGGUCUCCCUCUGGCCUUCACUGUAGCCCAUGAACUUGGACACAGUUUUGGGAUUCAGCAUGACGGAAGCGGCAAUGACUGUGAGCCUGUUGGGAAAAGGCCUUUCAUCAUGUCUCCACAGCUCCUGUAUGACACCUCGCCACUCACCUGGUCCCGCUGCAGCCAGGAGUACAUCACCAGGUUCCUUGACCGAGGAUGGGGCCUGUGUCUGGACGACCCUCCUGCCAACGAUGUGAUUGACUUCCCCAUCGUUCCACCAGGAGUCCUCUACGACGUGAGCCACCAAUGCCGCCUCCAAUACGGACCCUAUUCCACCUUCUGUGAUGACAUGGAUAGUGUGUGCAAUACCCUCUGGUGUUCGGUGGGGACCACCUGUCACUCCAAGCUGGACGCUGCCGUGGAUGGCACCCGAUGUGGAGAGAACAAGUGGUGCUUCAAUGGCGAGUGCGUAUCUGUGGGCUUCCGGCCGGAUGCUGUGGACGGUGGCUGGGCUGGCUGGAGUGCCUGGUCGGGCUGCUCCCGAAGCUGCGGCGUGGGCGUGCAGAGUUCCGAGAGACAGUGCAGCAACCCUACACCCAAAUAUGGUGGCAAGUACUGUGUGGGGGAACGGAAGCGAUUCCGCUUGUGCAGCAUCCAAGCCUGCCCUGCUGACCGACCCUCCUUUCGCCACAUCCAGUGCAGCCAGUUCGAUGCCAUGCCUUACAAGGGAGAACAGUACAAGUGGGUUCCAGUGUCUAAUCACAUCAAUCCCUGCGAGCUGCACUGCCGGCCUGCCAACGAGUAUUUUGCGGUGAAGCUUCGAGACGCUGUUGUGGACGGGACACCCUGCUUCGAAGGGAACAGCAGCCGAGACUUGUGCAUUAACGGAAUCUGCAAGAAUGUCGGCUGUGACUAUGAGAUCGACUCCAAUGCCAUUGAGGACCGGUGCGGCGUGUGCCAUGGGGACGGCUCCACCUGCGAGACAGUGAAGAAGACGUUUGAUGAGAGCGAAGGCCUGGGAUACGUGGACAUCGGGCUCAUCCCAGCGGGGGCAAGAGAGAUCCGAAUUGAGGAGGUUGCUGAGGCUGGGAAUUUCCUAGCACUGAGGAGUGAGGAUCCAGAGAAAUAUUUCCUAAAUGGUGGAUGGACCAUCCAGUGGAAUGGCGACUACAAGGUGGCCGGGACCACCUUCACCUAUGAGAGGAAUGGGAACUGGGAGAAUCUCACAUCCCCAGGACCCACCUGGGAGCCCGUCUGGAUUCAGCUACUGUUCCAAGAGAGCAAUCCUGGAGUACGUUACGAGUACACCAUCCGGAGGGAGGCGGACAAUGAAAAUGAAAUCCAGCCUCCGGAGUUCUCCUGGCGCUAUGGAGCCUGGACCAAAUGCACGGUGACCUGUGGCACAGGUAAGGCACCGCGGCCAGGGGCAAGGAGGGCACAGGGGAGACAUUCACCUUUCUGAACCUCCAAAGGAGCCUCCUCCCAAAGGUGUAUCUCAGAGGCAUUGAGAGCCGGGCGUCCCAACCCUCUUGGUUUAUAGAGGAAGAAACUGAGAUUUGGCUGCCUACUUCAGAGAACUUUUGUAGGAAACAACAUGGCGCCUGGGGAAUGUCUGCUGGGUGCUUUCCCUACAGAAUGCAAACCCUACGUCAGUAGAGACUUUCAUUUUUGUCUUUGUAGGCGCCUAGAUGGGGCUAGAGACUGGAUUUGAAAUCAGGACUCUUUGUGACCUCUCCUGCCUCAGUUUCCCCCUCUGUAAAAUAAGGAUAAGAAUCACACCCACCUCCCAGGGUGGUGGCGAUGAACAGAUGAGAUUCUGUAAUGUUCUUUGCAAAUCUGAAAGCAUCCAAUUAAGUACUAGUUAUUGUUAUGAUUAAUAUGAUUAUUGCAUCUCGAGUCUGGUCCACCGCUGGGCACGUAGUAAGUAUUUGAUGUUUGUGGAUUCAUUGGUUCAACUCUCAGCUCUCCGUUUACUACCUGUGUGACUACCCAUCGCUGCCUCCUUUGACCUUAGUUUCUUCAUCUUUACAUGACCGGGUUGGACCAGAGCAUCCCUCGCUCGUCCAAGUCUAGGAUCCGAAAGUAUCUCUCCUGGAGGAUACUGUUUCGUUUCUUCGCAUGUCUAUCCCAGCGUCUACCAUCUUUCCCCCAUGUCUCCCCUAGACUUGGGAAGCAUGGCGUCUUGGUGGAUGAGCGGGGAUGGAAGGACACUUGUCUCGAGCCUUUCAGCUCCCACUGCCAGCAGUUUCUGAGGCAGGAGCCACCCAGGGCUGUAGCCCUGGAGAACUCAAGCUCCUUAGAGCAGACACCUCCAUGGUUGUCCUUGCAUCCCCAGCUCUAAGCACACAGUAGGUGCCUCAUUAAUGUUGCCUGGUUGAGAAAGCUUGAAGCGACUGCUGUGGCCCAUCUUGGUCUUUCUGGACUGUUGUUGGUUGGUGGCAAAUUCUCCCGUUUAUAAAACUUGGAUGACCCAUUUCUUGGAAUGUGCCCCUUUCCAACGACGCGUUGGCCUCCUCCUCUUCUCUGUGUCCUCCUCCUUCAGUCUCCUGCUCCGUCCUUCGCCUGGGCUCCUAAUCCAGGACACUGUGUCCCCCCAGCGGCCCCCAGAAUUGUGCAUUUGCACCGCCGGCUGGCUUAAGAGCCUUGCUCUGACCCCCCCCAUAUAACAGCAUCCCCUGCUCUGUAUCCAGGUAACGCUGGCGCUCGCCUUCUUCCUUGCCCCUUUUCUAAACCCCCUCCUUGACCCCUGGCCUCUCUCCCCCAAACUGCUGCUCUAUUUAAGGAUCAGGUCUUCCUCCAUGGCCCUGAGGUCCCCAGCUGGCGUCUGUCACAUCGCAGCAGCCCGGCUGUCUUCGGUUCCAUCCCAUGCCAACUCCUCACUCCCCAGCAAGAGGCCAGCACAGGGUGGGGCCACAUGGGGGGAGGUAAGUGUUGUUGACAUGUGAAAGGUUGCAGACACCUCCCGGGAGGUUUGCCCUGACCAGCAGCCUGCCUGGGGCCAGAGAUUUGGUCCUACCCAGCUUUGGGGCUUUGGGGCACCCACAGUGCCUGUAACAAGAAUCUGUGUGAAGCGUCUAGGUGCCAGUCACUGGGCUGAGCAUCUCUUCUCCUGCCCUGCCAUGUGCAUUGAUCGAAGGGAUGCCCAGUGUCACACCUGAAAAUCAGGACUAUGGAAGAGUCAGGGAAGGAGGGGAUGGGAGAGGGAGAAGAGGGACAGAGAUAGAAAGAAACAGAGACAGACAGAGACACAGAGAGAGGCAGAGACAGAGACAGAGAGAAACAGAGAGACAGAGAUAGAAAGAAACAGACAGACAGACAGAUAGAGGCAGAGACAGAGACAGACAGAGACAGACAGAGAGGCAGACAGAGGCAGAGACAGAGACAAGUAGAGGGACAGAGAGACAGACAGAGGCAGCAGAGGCAGAGACAGAGACAGAGGCAGAGACAGAGAUAGAGACAGAGAAACAGAGAGAGACAGAGAGACAGACAGAGACAGAGAGAAAGAGAUAUUCAGAGACCGAGAGACAAACAGACAGAGGCAGAGAGAGAAGGAGAGACAGUGGAGACAGAGAUGGAGAGAGAGACAUAGUGAGAAUCAGAAAGACAGAGACAGAGAGACAGAGAGGGAGGAAGGUAGAGAGACACAGACAGACAGAGGCAGAGAGAGACAGAGAGACAGUGAAGACAGAGACAGAGAGAGACAUAGUGAGAGUCAGAAAGAGAGAGACAGAGACAGAGAGGGGGGAAGGGAGAGAGACACAGCCAGACAAAGACAGAGAGACAGAGACAGACAGAGAGAGUGAGAGACAGAGGAUGAGGAAGAGAGGAAAGAGAGGGAGAGAGGAAGAGAAGAGAGAAGGAAGAAGGGAGGGAGAUAAAGAGACACAGAGAGAGAAAGGGAAGGAGGAAGGAAUGGAGGCAGGAGAGAGAGAGAGGGAGGAAGGGAGGGGGGAGAGAGCAAGGAGGGGAGAAAGACAGAGGGACACACAGAGACAGAGAUAGAGAGAGAGAGACAGAGACAGAGAAGGGGAAAGAGCUCUGUCUUAAAAUCAACACUAUUGGUUCCAAAGGCAAAAGAGUUGUAAGAGAUAGGCAAUGGGGGUUAAGUGACUUACCCAGGGUCACAUAGCUAGGGAGUGUCUGAGUCCAGAUUUGAACCCAGAACCUUCCAUCUCUAGGUCUGGCUCUCAAACUACAGAGCCCCCCAGCUGCCCCCUCAUUUGGCCUUUCAUAUUGAGACAUCUUGGAGUGAUGGAAGAAACGCAUGUGAUGGCCCAGUUCCCACAGGAUAAGGCAGACUCUGAUGGCUAAUGAGGAAGAGAGCUCCAAACAAUAAUCCUUGUACUAUUCAUCUCACUGAACUCCUGGGAGGGGAGUGAUUUGUAAACCAUAAAGCAUCAAAGAAAUAGGAUCAUACUAUUCAAUUCAACAUGCAUUUGUUAAGCCCCUUCUGUAUACGAGGCAUUGUGUUAGAUGCUAGGGAUAUAAAAUCAAAUAACCAAAAAGAUACCAUCCAUGUCCUCAGGUAGUUUAUAUUCUUUGGGAAUGGGGUGUUGGAAGGACUCUCUAAAAUAUAUGACAAAACCCUAGCUCUGGAGUUAAAGGAUCUGAGUUCCAAUUCUGAUUCUGCAGCCUGUCACCUAUAUAACCUAAGCCAUCUCCUAAUCUCCUCAUGCCUCAGUUUCCUUACUUGUAAAAUGAGGGAGAAUACCUGCUUGUCUCUGAGGCCCCUUAUGGCUCCAGAUCUGUAAUCCUGUGAACCCAGAUUCAUAAAUAUUAGGAUUGAAUGAUUCUAUCUAUAGUGAACUCCUAGAUGAGGAAAUAGCUCUAACAGUGCAGGUUGGCAGCUUCUUUGUACUUGAUAGUCUUAAAGAGUUGCGUAGAAUGCCAAGGAAGUAAAAUGACUUGCCCAGGGUCAGUAUGUGUCAGAAGUGGGACUUGAACCCAGGUCUUUCUGGUUGGGGGCUGGCUCUCUAGGCAUUACACUAUACUGACUCUAUAAAAAUGUGUGGGGUCUUUGAGGGCAGGGACUGUCUUUUGGCUUUUCACUAUAUCCCCAGCACUUAGCACGAUGCCUGGUGUGGAGUAGUUUAUAAAUGUUUAUCGACUGACUGACUAAAUGCCAAGUAUGUAGACAACAACACAUACUAAUGACAAGGAGAGAACAUUGACCACUGAGGGAAUCAUGUAGCAGACAGCACCUUCGCUGUACCUACCAGUGUACUUGGGUUUGAUUGGCUAAGGCUAAGCUGGGGGGCAGGAGGGGGGCUGCAUUCCAGAUACACAGCAAUGGCAGAUCCAAUGGGGUCAUCCACCUGAAUGGGGGUGGAGAGUGCCCAAAGGGCCAAAGCAUGAAAUGAGACUAGAAAGUUAGGUAGGGGCUAGAUUGGGACACACCUUAAAAUCCAGGCUGAGGAUAGCGUGUUCCGUCCUAAAAAAAGCAAGAGGGACAGAUUGCAUGUUCUUGAGCAGGGAAAUGAUACAGUCAGCUCUGGUUUUGAGGAAUAUCAAGCUGGUACCCGAAUACACGGUGAACUGGAGAUGUAGAGCCUGGAAUUUAAAAGGAAUAAAUACGUUCAUUUAUACUUGGAUUUUCCAAACUCCACUUCAGAGUACAAGUGGGGGAGGUAUGACUAGAUGGUGGUUCAUCUGGAAAAUAUCUGGGGGCCUCACUGGACCUUCCACCUGAUUUAUGGUCUCUGGCUUCCAACAUGGGAAUAACAAGGUUCUGGACAAGGAGAGAAUGCACUUAACCAAGGACUGGUAAGAAGAUUUUCUUAGCAUCUUGCAAAUCUAAUCAGAAGGGCUUGAUUCAAAAAACAAUGGGUAAAGGGAAAGAGGGAGAAAGAAAACACUGCCCACCUAUAUCCACCAGGCUGAAGACCAUAGAGAGUACCUCGAAUGGUGGAAGAAAAGUAGCAAGAGAGUGAUUCACAAAUUGUCAAUCAGUAGUCUUUUUUUCCUGCUUCUUUGUGAUCCCAUUGGCGUUUUCUUGGCAAAGAUACUAGAGUGGUUUACUUCUCCAUUUACUUCUCUAGCUCAUUUUACAGAUGAGGAAACUGAGGCAAAUAGGAUUGAGGGACUCAUUCAGGAUCACACAGCUAGUAAGUGACUGAGGCCAGAUUUGAAUGCAAGUCUUCCUGACUCCAGGCAUGGUGACCCCAUUGAUGUUUUCUUGGCAGAGAUAGUAGAGUGGUUUACUUCUCUAGCUCAUUUUACAGAUGAGGAAACUGAGGCAAAUAGGAUUGAGGGGACUCAUUCAGGAUCACACAGUUACUAGGUGACUGAGACCAGAUUUGAAUUCAAGUCUUCCUGACUCCAGGCAUGGUAUGCCACCUAGCUGCCCUAUAUUCAUAAAUUAGUGGGCAACAAAAAUCUAAGGGAGACAAUAGCAAUAAAAUCCUUAAACUCAGAUAUAGGUACACAAACAUCCAAAGUCUAGUAGACAAGCAAGUAAACUGAGAUCCAAAGACAAAGGAAAGUAAGCGUGAUCUCAACAGUAUCACUAGGACUUGGUGGGAUGAGAAGCCUUCAAAUGUCCAUGGACUAUAUCUCUUAUUCCAACAAAAGCAGGAGGUUGUUCAGAGCUGUGUAGCAGUUUUUUUUUUCAUUUUAAAAGUAAAAACUGAUUUACAUAUUCAUUGAGUAUUACAGGCAGUAUUUGUUAUAAGGGAGGAGUGGAGUGAAGUGUAAGGAGUGCGUUUUCUAUUAAGAAAUACUAGGUGAGAAGGUCUAGCAGCCAGGAGAGGAGAAAUGUCUAGUGGAGAUCAGCAGAGUCAAAACCAAGAAGUGAUGCUAUCAUCAGAGUAUAGCACAGACCACCGGGACUGAAGGAGAAGAUAGAGGAGUAGUUUGGGAAACAGGUCACAAGCCCAGGACAGAGAUGCGAUAGAGAUGAGAUGGAGAGCUUCAGUGAUCUGGUUGGGUUCUUGAGUUCUCUCUCUGCCCCAAACAAGGCAGUUCAUCAUUUCAGGGCUUGUCCUCAUGAUCAUUUCUUCUUUAGAAGGUAGGGGGAACAACAAAAGGCAGUUCUAUGCCAGAUGUUAUUUUCAUCAGCAGAGAGGAAUGGGUUGUUUGCUUAGAAGUGACAUAUGGGCCAGGCACAAGGGCACCUAAUAAGUGUUUGCUUCAUGGUUGAUUCUGCAAGCAUGGCAAGUCUCUGCUUUUCUAAACCUCAUUUUCCUCAGCUAUAAAAUGAAGGGGUUGGAUUAGGUGAACAACUCUAAGACUGUCAAUCUGUCACCUAACAGAUUGUAAAGCCUUUCCUUGCCUUUCCUUGCCUUUCCUUGCCUUUCCUUGCCUUUCCUUGCCUUUCCUUGCCUUUCCUUGCC